AUGGGUAAAUGGCUGAAGAGAGAUGGCGCAACGUUUACGGGCGCCCUGAAGAUUCUGGCCCCAAGCGGCGCCAUUGGGGUGUUGUCAAUCAAAGGUCGCAUCCAAUCACGUGACUGUUACGGCGAAUGGCUAAGCUUCUUACAACCGGCGCGUGACAUGCUCGAACAGAACCUGCAGUUAUUCCGGUCACUUGACGAUGGUGAAAUGUACAUCCGGGCAUGUGAGGACAUACCACGUGGGGAGACGCUCACCGGCUGGUAUGAAGAUUCCCUGGCCUUAGAGAUGAACAUUCCCUACUUAACUCCGCUUCAUAUUCGAGGUAUUCGCGAAUACAUCUGCAAUUAUUGUGAACGUGCAUUUCACUUUCCAAACCUGCUGAAAAUGCACAUUAUGUUCAACUGCUAUCCAUCGAAACAAAGUUCCCCGUGUCCCAUUACUCGCGCAUGCUCUUCGACUACCGGAAGGCAGAAGUGUAAAGCAAACGACGUUUCAAUACCACCAGAUUUUGGAAUUGACGAUCUGCCUCCUCGACAAGCAGAAGACACACGUGAUGCAAUGACGUUCAAGGAACUGGAAUCGUGCGACGAAGAACCCAUCGAAGUCUUAAAGAAAUGUUUCGUCGAUCUAUCUACAAAGGACGGUCAUCUUUGCGUGUAUUGCGGGAAGUUGUAUUCCAGAAAAUACGGCUUGAAGAUCCAUUUACGAACGCACACGGGCUAUAAGCCUCUCCGAUGUAAAUACUGUUUUCGCGCUUUUGGCGACCCUAGUAACUUGAACAAGCACAUCCGGUUGCAUUCUCAGAGUGUGGCGCCGUAUCGAUGUGAACUGUGUGAUAAAGUUCUCGCUCGCAGACGAGAUCUGGCGAGACAUAUGCAAUCGAGGCAUCCGAAUGAAUGUUAA